AUGUUUAGAUCACGACUAAUACAACUACAGAGACGACCACUUUUGUCAAGCUCAUACGCAUCGCCAUGCACGCGUUCGCAGCUACAGCAGAUACGUACCCUUAAACUUUCCACUAAUGCAGCUGCAGGAUUAAAAUCGUAUGGUACAGUUAUCAACAUUCUUGCAGGAGCUUAUAUCGGAGGUUUGUUGGUUUCGCUAGGGUCAUUUUACUUUUUAUACCACGAUGCAAAUGAACGACAGACUAUACCAUUUGAAAUUAGUUUCGAAGAUCAAAUUGAAGCGGUCAAGGCGAUAAAUAAACAUGACGUUUUGGGUAAACCAAACUAUGCUGUUAAACAUUAUCGCAAGAUCCUCUUUGACUUGGCAAAACAAGUGGAUCCAAGUAUAGAUGAAUCACAAUUUGAAAACUACAAUAUCCCCAUCAUUGAUUCAAAAGUUUUAGUGUACGAUAAAUCAAACCGAUUUGCCAAUUUUUACAUUGACAUGAUUUUGAGAUACAGCAAAGCACUUUUAGCCAAAGGGGAAUUGAACACGUCGAUUGCCACGUUGAGAAAGAUUAUUGAUGAUGAUUUGAUUUAUUACAAGUUGGGAGACGCCGAAAGAUUAUCUGAGUGCAGCCGAUUGUUGGCAAAGAUGAGCCAGGAUCCCAACGACAGAAUACAAAUUUUACAGAGAUCGAUUGAUAUGUUGUCAAAGACAUAUUCGUCAAUUCAAAUCAAUGAGGACUAUACCUUGAAACAGAAUAGUAAAAUAUCCGAUGAGUUGAUUAAUUGCUUGAACGAUAUGGCUUUCCAAUUGGCAAAAAUAUCGCAAGUUGUACCAAAAAAGAAGAAGCCAGUGCUAUUGAAUGAAUCGCUAGCAAUUUAUUUGUCGACUUUACAAGCUUUGACAACCAUUCGGGAGAAAUUGGAAACUCGAAAGGCAAAUCAGUCAAAUUAUCCUUUGUUCAAUGUCGAUCGAGAAAACUUGAUCACUCACAUUUGUUCAAUCAAGGCUCAUGUUAGUGAAAUACUUUGGGCGCAAGGUUUCAAACAAGAUGCAAUCAACUGGUCAGAAGAGAUCUUGGAUGAAUUGUACUAUGAUCAUGCAUCAUCACCAAAAGUGUCACCUAUACUAGAAAACGUGUUGAACAAUUUAAUUGAUAUGUACUCGAUACAAAAGAAGUCAACUGAUAUAGAAAGAUGUCAAGGGUUGAGAAUGGAUUUGAAAAAGUCUGAAAAACCAAAUGACAUGGAUGAUAGGCUUAAAAAUUGGUAUGAGAGUGUCAUCAAUAGGUGGAGCAGAAUCAUUUACGAUCAAGGUCCAUUGGGUAUAAUUUUGGUGCCGUUGCAAGAACGAUAUGGACCAGGAAGAAAGAUUAGAGAACUUGAAGAAUUCGAAAAAGAAGAUGAGAUGUAA